CGAAAGCUGACGAUAUCUGCGAACUAAGCUACCAAAAGGCUGACUUCAUUGCAGUGAUACUAAAAUGGACGCCGAGGCAGCGUUGCUGGAAAACUCGCCGACUUUGUCGACGAUAUCGUCGGAUUCUACGGAUGCGACAUACUCGGGACCCGGCUCGCCCUAUUCCCCGGAAUCACCGAUCAUCGUCACGUCCUCCUAUAAAAAAAUACGUGACGAUGAAGUCACGCCCAGACCAACGCUCAGAUAUCCACUGCCAUCCAGGAAGCCGAGCUUCCGGAUACGACCGCCCUACCUCAUGAUCUGUAUCAGCAUCAUCGAGAUAACCGUCCACUGCCUGGGAGACGAAGCGAUGUUACGGAGAUGGUUGGUCUACGAUCCCCGUCAGAGAGUACAGGGCUGGAGGUUUGCCUCCUACAUGCUGCUGCACUCGAACGCACUUCACCUCGCACUCAACGUGGUCAUUCAGCUGGUCCUGGCUACUCCACUCGAGGUGGAGCAAGGACGAAUAGGAGUGGCGACUAUCUAUCUGGGCGGCGGAGUCUGCGGUGCUCUAGGAGCGUCGCUUCUGCAACCAAGUCUUUACCUGGUUGGCGCUUCGGCAGGUGUUUACGCGCUACUCACGAGUCAUCUUGCUCAUCUCUACCUGUGUCACGGCGAGUUACGCUACGCCGGCUGGCGUCUCGGGGCCGUGUUGUUGCUGGCCGGUGCAGACGUCGCAUCGCUGCCCAUUCCGGCGUUGCUUGGAUGUGGCCGAGUCGGUUGGGCGGCACACGUCGCGGGUGCGCUAGCGGGUCCGCUUCUGGGUCUAGCCGUGUUCCCAAACCAAAGCAAGAAAGAUGCCCGGGGCCGUAGAUUUGUACGAUAUGUGCGGCUCCUGUCGGCCGUGAGCGUGAUGCUGCUGAUCGUUGGUGCCAUCCUCGGCAAUGUCUACUUGAUCGCCCUGCCACAGCUCAGGAAGCCGUCCUGACAGAGGAUCGAGAUGCUCGUCAAGCUCUGCAGACGGUCCUUCCUGAUCGUGAAGAUCCGGGAGGCCGCCGAGAGCGUGUUCGAGUAGGCCCAUGCAAACUCACAGGAUCCGUGCGAUCGAUCGCGUAACUGCCAAUGGACUUUCUCACUCCUCAUCCCUCAGAUCUCACGUGAAACUUGUGCAAUCCAAUCUCAUCAUAUGUUAGAUAAAAAGCAUUACGCCAAAACAAUACGCGAUCGUGACUUCAGGCAAU